GAGGAGGAGGAGGAGGAGGAGGAGGAACCGCGCAACCUGAGGGAGCUGGCCAUGCCACUCUACAUGAAGAGGAAAGUCAGGGAGGUGCAGAAGAUGCGUAUUCCUGUGUCCUCUGGGAGAGUGAGGAGGUCACGUGCCCUGAGGCUCUGCUGUGCCGAGGUCAAGAGCGUUUUCAACAUGGUCACGCUCUGGAGGGCUGCCAUAAACAAGAUCGGAGGCCACUUCGGUGGGGGUGUGCAGUCCUACUUUGUCUUCCUGCGUUUCCUGGUGGUCCUCAACUUCCUGUCUUUCCUGCUGAUCGCUGGCUUUGUCGUCAUCCCCAGCAUCGUCUUCCGAGCUCAGGGCUUCAACACCAGCCUCUCCAUGCUUCCCGACAACGCCAACAUUACAGGUUUGGAGACUUGCAUGGUGUAUGACCCCAACCCUGGGGCACUCACAGUGUUUUACACAUACUUCCUAGACCUGCUGUCAGGAACAGGCUUCAUGGAGUACUCGUACAUGUUCUACGGCUACUACAACAACACGCAGGUGGUGGUGGACGAGAGCUUCUCCUACAACAUCCCUCUGGCUUACCUGCUGACCGUCUCCUUCUACUUCCUCUUCUGCCUCGUCUGCAUCAUCCUCAGGAUGGGAGGUGUGUGGCGGGAUGCUGUGGCUACCGGUGGUGGUACUGCCGGUGGAUACAGCAUGAUGGUCUUCACUGGCUGGGACUACGGCCUGCAGGGAAGCCGCGCCAUCAAGCUCAAACAGAACAACAUCCACUUCCAGCUCCAGGUGGAUCUGGAGGAGGAGAGGAUCAAGCGUAGGGCUCAGUCUUUGACUCUCGCUCAGCUUGUGGGCGUAUACGCUCUGCGAGGCUUCCUGAACCUUGUUGUCAUUGGAAUCAUCCUGGCGGCCUUCUUUGGCAUCUUCGAGGCAACCUCCUUCAGCCAGACGUCUGAAAGGUGGGACGGGAUCGUUGGCCUCCUGCUGGAGUAUCUACCCUCCAUCGUCAUCACCGCGGGCAACUUUGUGGUUCCCUUCCUGUGUGACAUCAUCGGGCAGCUAGAAAAGCACAGCCCCAGCACCACCAUCAUCCUCGCCCUGCUGAGGGCCGUGAUUCUGCGGCUGGUCAGCUUGGGGGUGUUGCUGUUCUCUCUAUGGAAAAACAUCACAUGCAACAAUGAAGAUGAUGAGACUGCUACGUGCGAGCCUUGCUCUUACAAUUAUAAGCUAUACCAGUGCUGGGAGACGCGAGUCGGGCAGGAGAUGUACAAGCUGACUCUCUUUGACUUCCUGACCACCAUCGCUCUGCUGGUACUGGUGGAGUUCCCUCGCCGGAUGGUGGUGGACCACUGCUCCAACAAGCUGAUCCAGUGGGUGGGUCGACAGGAGUUCCUGGUGCCCCCUAACGUACUGGGACUGGUCUAUGCCCAGACAGUAGUGUGGACCGGGGCUCUCUUCUGCCCCCUGCUGCCCUUGGUCAACACCAUCAAGUUUGUCAUCAUCUUCUACUGCAAGAAGAUCACUCUGUUCCAUAACUGCCGGCCAGCAGCCAAAGUGUUCCGCUCCACCAGCUCCAACAUCGUCUUCUUCCUGGUUCUGCUGUUUGGGUGGAUGUUGGCCUCCAUGGUCCUGAUAUACAGUAUGGCAGAAAUUCACCCCUCCUAUGGCUGUGGUCCGUUCCGGUUCUCCUCAUCCAUGUGGCGCACCAUUCCGGAAUCAUUCCAGAACCUGCCGGCCACGGCUAAAGACUUUCUAAUCUUCAUCGGCUCCCAGGCCUUCUCCGUCCCACUCUUCAUCGCCUCAUGUGUGCUGCUGUGUUACGUGGCAGCGCUGGCAUCAGUCUAUGGCAAGAGCGUGGCCCUUCUCAAAGCACAGCUCCAACUGGAGGGGCGGGACAAGCAGUUCCUGGUGAAGCAGAUUGAUGAGCUGCAGAGGAAGUUGAAGCCGAAGGAAGACCCCCUGGAUGCCUCCACCUCCACCCUCAGCCAGGUCCAAGCCCUAUGGAACACACAGGCCAGCUAGCCUACAUUAUGGCUGUUGCGCACCAUUACACUGCUAUGCACGCCCUGCUAGCCUACAUGGAUCAACAGCCCUGCUACCACUCCUAUGACCUGCUCCACUGCACUCCUAAGCACAGGCCUGACAGCUUAGGCCGGGCCUGGGACGAUCUGAAAGCCAACCCCCCACAACACACCCAAUGUAAUAGUCCCAUUUAUGCUUUUAUCAAGUAACUGUUGUAUGAUUUUCAACCCUUAAAUAAUGUUUAAAUUUAUUUUUAGUAGUGGUUGAACCAAUGACUGCACAGUCACCACCACCACACUGCUAUGCACUUGUCCACUACACUCCUAUGCCCUGGACUGAAUCCCGUGGGCAUGCCAAACACCAUGUAAAGCACCACAAUAUUGUGUACUGGUCCACUACACUCCUUCGCCCUGUCAGAGACAAUUACAAUGUGAAAGUGAUACCUGCUUAUCAAGCAUCUAACUUCUAUUUAAAGAUGUCUCUAUAAUAGUUGUAUUGGUUCAUGAACUUGCAACUUGGUGAAUGGCACUUUGAAGCCUUGCCUGGCUAUCCCCUACUUUAAAGAUCUGCAAGCGUUUGUUCUGGCCUAUACUUGUGCCGUCAACCCAUUUCUCCAAGGGAGAUGCAAAAGGCCUGUCUAGCUCUUUUUCAUGAAAUGCCUCCAUAAUGCUCCUGGUUGAAGCUACUAUUGGUCAGACCACACAUUUACUUCUCUCACCUGUUAACUGAACUGGUGCUUCAUUGCCUUAAACACGCCCCACUGAGCCGAGGAGCUGACCAUCUUCCUGAAAGGAGAGGCAGUUCCUCCUCCAGCCUUUACAAUGACCAAAGACGGCUUACUUGCCAUUGCUUGGCCAAGGGACACUGUGUGAGAUUUUUAGAUGUUUAUUUCCAGAAUUCAUGCUGCCCAUUCACUAAUGUUACCCUUUUCAUGAAUACUCACCACCACCAUCAAAUUCUAAGUAUUCAUUAUGACUGGAAAAAUUGCACUUUUCCUACAUGAAAAGGGGGAUCUUCUCCAUGGUCCGCCAUUUUGAAUUUCCAAAAACAGUCAUUUUUAGCUGCAAAAAUGACUGCACUUGGACCAUACUAGAAAAUAUUAGUUUAUUACUUAGUAAACUUUCAUGUAAAGAUCAAAAUUGGCAAUAGGUAGCCCAGUUUCAAUGAGCAGCAUAGUUGCAGUACCUUUUUUGACCAUUUCCUGCACAGUGUCCCUUUAAAAGACUUUCUCAAUCACUCCAAAGCUGACACUCUCAUGUGUGUGAGCAGGAAAAGCACUUUAUUGAAAUGCAUACUGCAUGGUCUUUUGGAUGAGGUCUCAAUGAUUUUGCUUUCUCCAAAAAAUAUUGUUGGCAUAUGUAAAUGAUGGGUGGGACAUGGGAGUAAACUCUCAAAAAUACUAAAUAUACAUUUUGUAAUGCAAUUGUUUCAUUGUAUAUAAUCUGUGGUUUUACAAUAAAGAAAACAAACCAACUGUG